CCCCCCUCUCUCUUCGGGCAUCGAUACUUUUCAUAUAAAUCUCCAUUUAUUCAAUAAUGAAAUUGAAAAGGAAAAAAUAAAAAUUCUGAAAAAGUGUUAACUUGAUCGAAAGAUUACCAGGAAAUCUUGCUUCCGGAAAUGGCGAAUAAUACGGAUCUAUUCGAUUCGUAUUUUAGAAGAGCAGAUUUAGACGGUGACGGUCAGAUCAGCGGUGCUGAAGCCGUCGGUUUCUUUCAAGGCUCCAGUUUGCCUAAACAAGUCCUGGCACAGGUUUGGAUGCAUGCUGAUCAGAGGAACGCAGGCUACCUUGGUCGACAAGAGUUCUAUAAUGCACUUAAACUUGUUACUGUAGCGCAGAGUAAGAGAGAGUUGACCCCAGAAAUAGUGAAGGCAGCAUUAUAUGGCCCUGCUUCAGCUAAAAUUCCUGCUCCUCAAAUCAACCUAGCAGCAACUCCUGCUCCUAAAACAGUGGCACCUGCUCCCCAGCUGUCUGGCACAACACCAGCAUCAUCACAAAAUGUUGGCAUCAGACCGCCACAAGUGCCUGGAAAUGCAGUCACAAACCAGCAGUAUUUCCCAUCCCAACAAGGGCAAUUUACGAGGCAACACCAACCCCAAACCAAAGCUAUGCCUCCUAAUUCUUCUUCCCAUCCACAACAAAUUCUUGUAAGUCAAGGUAUGCCCAGGGGAGGUACCGUGGUUGCUCCACGACCCCUGAAUUCAAACAUCUCAACAGAUUGGCUUGGUGGAAGUGCAGCUGGCCUGACUUCACAAGGUCCCAGUAGAGGGAUUGGCCAUCCUGCUACUCAGGAUGGAUUUGGGCUUAGUGCACCAGGUUUUACACCCUCUGUUCAACCUAGACCACAAGUGACUGCUGGGCAGAUAGCAGCCCCUACACCUAAACCACAAGAAGCAGCCAUCACAUCCAACCAACUAGCAACUAGGGAUUCUAAAUCAGUGGUUGUUUCUGGGAAUGGAUUUGCUUCAGACUCACUUUUUGGCGAUGUAUUUUCUGCCACUCCUGCUCAACCAAAGCAAAGUUCCUCAUCAUCUGCGCAUUCUACAAGUAGCAUACCUGUCUCGUCGGCUAUUGUUUCAUCUUCUGUCGGAUCCCAACCUUCAGUUAAGCCAAGUUCCCUGGAUUCCUUGCAGAGUACCUUUCCCCAGCAGCAUGUGGGAGGGCAAUCAACAGCAAGACCAAACCAGCAGGUUCCAUCUCAAAGUGUCACCUCUGCUCCUUCAGCUGGUUUUUCCGUUGGAACUAGCAAUGCAGCUCCCAGUCAAUCCCAGCCUCCAUGGCCGAGGAUGACUCAAUCUGAUAUUCAAAAGUAUACAAAAGUGUUUGUGCAAGUUGAUACAGAUAGAGAUGGAAAGCUUACCGGGGAACAGGCACGCAACCUUUUCUUGAGUUGGAGGCUACCUAGAGAGGUGUUAAAAAAAGUUUGGGAUUUAUCUGAUCAAGAUAAUGACAGCAUGCUUUCUUUGAGGGAGUUCUGUACUGCUCUUUAUUUGAUGGAGCGUUAUAGAGAAGGCCGCCCUCUUCCUGCAACACUUCCAACCACUGUCAUGUCCGAUGAGACUCUGUUGUCUGCCACAAGUCACCCUGCAGCUUCAUUUGGUGGUGGAUCUUGGGGACCUGCUUCCGGUUUGCGACAACAGCAAGUUGGGAGUGGUGCACGGCCUCCUCCUGCUGCCUCUGCAAGGCCACCAAGGCCUCCCACUGCUCCUCAUGCUGAUGAAAAACAGCCCACGCAACAAAAGCACAAAGUUCCUGUGCUUGAAAAACAUCUUGUCCAUCAACUCAGCCAAGAGGAGCAGGAUGCUCUCAACUCAAAGUUCCAGGAGGCAUCUCUGGCUGAUAAAAAGGUUGAAGAGCUGGAAAAGGAAAUAUUAGAUUCUAGACAAAAGAUUGAGUUUUAUCGUGUCAAGAUGCAGGAACUUAUUUUAUAUAAAAGCCGAUGUGACAAUCGACUUAAUGAGGUCACAACAAGGGUAUCUGCUGAUAAGCAUGAGGUUGAGACAUUGGGAAAGAAGUAUGAAGAGAAAUACAAGCAGAGUGGAGAUGUUGCCUCCAAGCUAACCAUUGAAGAGGCUACAUUUCGUGAUAUUCAGGAGAAAAAAAUGGAUUUAUAUCGGGCAAUUGUUAAAAUGGAAGAAGGGGGAGCUGCUGAUGGUGUAUUGAAGGAGCGUGCUGAGAAUAUCCAGUCGAAUCUUGAGGAACUAGUAAAAACUGUGAAUGAACGCUGCAAGCAGUAUGGGUUGCGCUCUAAACCAACCUCAUUGGUCGAGCUUCCAUUUGGCUGGCAACAUGGCAUCCAGGAAGGAGCAGCUGAUUGGGAUGAAGGUUGGGACAAGCUUGAAGAUGAAGGAUUCAUAUUUGUCAAAGAGCUCACUUUGGAUGUACAAAAUGUUGUAGCCCCUCCAAAAGAAAAAACUUCAGUUCGAAAGGCCACUAGUUCCACAGAAAAGGAUUUAGGUGCUUCACCCUCAAAUGCUGAGGUGAAGGCAGAAAAGGUUCCAAGUCCAAGAAAAUCAAACUCUGAGAAAGAUAUUCCAGAUCAUCAACAUGAGAAUGGCAGUCUAAGAAGUCCUCCUGACAGUCCUGGAAGGACUACAAAAGAAAACCAAUCCAAUGAAUUCCGAGACUCCCCAUUCAAAGAAAGUGGUGCAGACAAUUCACCCCAUGCUAAAGAGACCCAAAGUGAUUUGGGUGGUACUGAAUCUGUGCAUUUUGGUGGCAAAAUUGUUGAACCUGGCUGGGGUACGUUUGAUACGCCUUAUGAUUCAGAAUCAGUUUGGGGCUUUGAUUCUGUCAGUGGCAAGGACAUGGAUUUUGGCAUUAGUGAAUUUGGUUUAAAUCCAAUAAAAACAGGGUCCUCACAUGGAGAUAACAUGUCUUUAGGGAAGAGUUCAUUUAUGUUUGAUUCUGUUCCAAGCACCCCUGCUCAUAACCAGGGGAACAGCUCCUAUGCCUUUGCUGAUUCUGUUCCUAGCACCCCUGCAUAUAACCAGGGGAAGAGCUCCUAUGCCUUUGCAGAUUCUGUUCCAAGCACCCCUGCAUAUAAUCCAGGGAAGAGCUCUUAUGCAUUUGCAGAUUCUGUUCCAAGCACCCCUGGCUAUAACCCUGGAAAGAGUCCAUUUUCAUUAGCAGAUUCUGUUCCAAGCACCCCAGCGUACAAUUUUGGGAACUCUCCACGAAGGUUUAGUGAAGGUUCAGAGGACCACUCCUUUGACAGCUUCUCUAGGUUUGAUUCAUUUAACAUGCAGGAUGGUGGAUUAUUUCAAUCUCCACGCCAUUCGCUUUCAAGAUUUGAUUCCAUCCGCAGCACCAAGGACUCUGAUCAAAGUUAUGGAUUCCCGUCAAGAUUUGAUUCAUUUAGAGAAGGAGGAGACUCUGAUCAAAGCCAUGAGUUUUCAAGGUUUGACUUUCUCAGAGAGCCCGAUCAGAAUCAUGGGUUCUCGAGAUUUGAUUCCUUCAAAGAGUCUGAUCAGAAUCACGGGAUAUCGAGGUUUGAUUCCUUCAAAGAAUCCGAUCCUGGUCAUGGGUUCUCAUCAAGUUUCAGUUCAUUUGGAGAAUCUAGAGAUCCUGAUCAUAGUCAUGGAUUCUCAAAGAUGGAUUCGUUUAAUGCCCAUGACAGUGGGUUCUUCCAAUCUUCUGACAAUUCUUCCUUGGCAAGGUUUGAUUCUGUUCGUGGCUCUAAAGACUCCGAGAAUCAUGGGUUCCCAUCAUUCGAUGAUGCUGUUCCAUUUGGCUCAAGUGGGCCCUUUAAGACAUCACUAGAGAGUGAAACUCCACGCGGAAGUUCUGAUAACUGGCGAGCUUUCUAGGCAGGCGAUGUUCACAUCGGAUCAAUGUGCGGGGUUUUCUUCUGUAUGGAAGCCUUAUUGAGACAUUUCUUGCAGUGGUAUAUAGUCUGUUGUGAUGAUGAAGGAGUGGUUGUGUUGUGGUUCUAGCUUUUGUUUGGUUUUGCAGAUCCGAUUUGUUUUCUUAAUUUCCAACAUUCAAUUACACUCGUGGCCGGUUCUUUUGGUGUUGUAAUUUUUGAACUCAAAUGUUUGUGAUAUGGAAGUCAAUUUGUUUCUUUUUC